UUCAAUCAUGGCAUCAAUCCUGCUCAAAACCCUAAAUGGCUUCGGUGCCAUCACUUCUCCUCCCAAAUCCUCUCCCUUUCGUCCCAAUUCUACCAGAAUUUCUCCCAUUUCUUGGCGGAAUAGCUACUCCCGGUUUGGUUUUUCAGUUCAUUCCCGUAAUCCCUUGUUUGAUGAUGCCUUUUCUGUUGGAUUUGGAGACGUGAGCCGGGCCUUUUUGGCUUCUAAUGUGGUAUCUAGUGGUGGAUCUGGUGGUGAUUGGGGUUUUCCAGUGUGGGAUGAUGUUUUUGUAAUCUUUCAAUGGUACUUAAUGGCUCUUGAUGAACACCCAGUGUUAACAGAUGUUAUAACAUCUGCAUUUUUAACUCUUAUCGGAGAUAUAAUCUGCCAGCUUGUAAUCGAACAAGCAUCUAAAUUGGAUUUAAAGCGAAGCUUAAUCUUUACAACUGUAGGAUUUGUGUUGGUGGGCCCCACGUUGCACUUCUGGUAUUUAUCCUUGAGUAAUUUGGUAACAACAACUGGUGCAUCAGGUGCAUUUUUACGUGUAUUGCUUGAUCAAUUUCUCUUCACUCCCAUCUUCAUAGGAGUUUUUCUGUCCUUAGUUAUUAUCUUAGAGGGGAGGCCUUCUCAAGUUGUGCCAAAGCUUAAACAGGAAUGGCCUUCAACACUGGUAGCAAAUUGGCAGUUAUGGAUACCUUGUCAAUUUCUCAUCUUCCUAUUUGUCCCCCAACAAUUUCAGGUUCUUGCUGCUAAUUCUGUGGCUCUUGUCUGGAAUGCUAUACUGUCAUUCAAAGCUAAUAAAGAAGUGGUUCUGAAAUAGAGAUAUUACUUCUCAAGUAUUCGGAGAAUAACUAAGAUCAAAAGUAUUGGCAAAAUAUAUUCAUGCUGAUAACCAAGAGCCUCAUUUGGUUAUCUGUGAGUGAAAUCACAUGGAAGUGAAAUUGCAGUGUAAGUGAAAAUGUUGUAUUUUAACUUAUAUAAUUUUGUUUGGUUUGUUGUAAUUGAAAAUGAUGCAUUUAUUUUUUAUUUGUUUGG